CUUGUCAACGUUUGCUGUGUUUCUCUGAAUAAAUCGGAAAAUUACUCGGCCUCGCACAUCUAUAAAAACCCUUUGAUUUUCAGUGGCUCAACAUUUAACACGAUCCACCUCUCCUCCUUUUCAUUGUAAAACUAUAUUCACAUUUACAUUUGAUCUCAUUUCUGUUUGCAAUGGCCUACAACAAGCUACAGCAAUACAUCCAGGAUAGACGUGUCAUUGGUUAUGACCCUCUAGUUCAGCCUGCUUUGCUCAGGCAUGAAAUUCAGCCCACAUCGGCCUCUCAGCUCACAAUUGCAGCUGCUCGUUACAACGCUGCUCGCAUUGUAGCGGGUCAGGACGACCGUGUUCUCGUCAUUGUUGGCCCCUGCUCCAUUCACUGUGCAGACCAGGCUAUCGAGUAUGCCAACUUGCUCAGAUCGAAAAUGCCAUCAUGGGAUAAUCUCCUCAUCGUGAUGCGCGCAUACUUAACUACCGUUGGAUGGAAAGGUCUCAUCAAUGACCCCGAUAUCGAUGGUUCUUACAAGAUUAACAAGGGUCUUCGAGUGGCUAGACAGCUUCUCUGUGACCUGACCGAUAUCGGUGUUCCCGUCGGUUCCGAACUACUCGAUACCAUCUCGCCUCAAUACAUCGCUGACCUUAUCUCUUGGGGAGCGAUUGGAGCCCGAACAACGGAAUCCCAACUCCACCGCGAGCUCGCUUCCGGUGUUUCCUUCCCUAUAGGGUUCAAGAACGGCACUGACGGGAGUGUCAAUGUCGCUAUUGACGCGAUGCGCUCCGCUUCUAACCCCCACGCCUUCAUGGGUGUGACGGAACAAGGUCUUGCCGCUAUUGUCAAGACACGCGGAAACCAGGAUGUUCACGUCAUCCUCCGUGGUGGCACCAAGGGCCCCAAUUUUGCAUCCGAGCACGUUCGCGCGGCUUCUAAGUCGAUCGAGAAGGCGCGCCCAGCGAACCAUGCCAGCAUUAUGAUUGACUGCAGUCACGGCAAUUCGCAGAAGAACCACAACAACCAACCUAAAGUGGUUGAUGAUAUCUGCUCCCAGCUUGCUGCUGGUGACAAAAACGUCACUGGUGUCAUGAUUGAGUCCCACAUUAACUCAGGACGCCAAGAUGUUCCUGCUGAGGGCCCCGGUGCACUGAAGCACGGUGUUUCCAUCACCGACGCAUGUGUGGACUGGGAGUGCACUGUGGGCAUGUUGGAUAAGCUUAAUGCGGCCGUCAAGGCACGCCGUAAUUACCUCUUCGAGCAAGGCCUGCAACGGCCAGCUGGCUUCCAACGUGGCACCCCUCCAUCGCCGUGAACUCGGGUUAUUUUGUAACUUCGUGGAUCUUUCGUUACAUGUACGUGGUCCCCAUGUAUGUGUUGUAUUUUAGCCAGUCAUACUACCUCUUCCAACGUCCAUAGUAUUAGACCUUAGAUGGAGGGCUCUUGCUGUAUUGUUGUAGUUAAUAGCAUCGAGGCCUUGCGCGGUUAAACUAUUCUUAUGCUUUAUCUUUUGUCACCCAAAACAUGCUACGAUAAUAUGAAUAUGUUUUUGGCUGAUUCA